UGGAUAAGGCGAGUAGAAUUUGGAUAGCCACUCUUGCGUGCAGCAAGCUUUUCAUCCCACAUUUCCCUCCAACAAAAGAAGAAGAACAACAAGAGAACAUCCAAAAAAGAAAAUCAAAGACAUCAAUGGAGUGUCCCUUCUCUAUUCCAUUGCUCAUCCUAUCAUCCUUCUAUCUUCUAACCUGCACCGGGGAAGAUAGGAUAACCCUAGGCCAAUCCAUCACAGCAAACCAAACCAUUACCUCUCAGCGUGGAAUUUUCUCACUAGGUUUCUUCAGUCCUCAAAAUUCCACAAACCGCUAUGUUGGGAUAUGGUAUCACAAUAUUCCUGUUCAAACUGUCGUAUGGGUUGCUAACAGAGAAAACCCAGUCACAGAUUCCUCAGGAGUUCUUACAAUUACCCAAGAUGGAAAUCUCGCCUUCUUGGGUACAACUGAAAACAUCCUUUGGUCAUCGAAUGUGUCGAUUCCAGCUCGAAGAAAUACUACUGCAACACUCUUGGAUGAUGGUAAUCUUGUUUUAAGAGAUGACAGUCAGUCGGUCUUGUGGCAGAGCUUCGACUAUCCUUCCAAUUCCUUUCUCCCAGGUAUGAAACUAUCAGCAAACCUAAAAACUGGUGAAACUAUAUGCGUUUUUUCGUGGAAAGAUGCCAAUAACCCAGCACCAGGAGAAUUUUCUGUAUGUACGGACCCUCACACACCGCGCCAGCUGAUCAUGCUGAGAAGAUCAGACAAAUACUGGAGAAGUAAUGUUGGGCAGCUUGGAGCGGUUGUAACGAUGCUUGGGAAAAAUACUGUACUCUCCCAAGCUACUGUAACUGACGACCAGGAGAUCUAUUUCACCAUGACAAUCACAGGUGGUAUGAUCAUGGCAAGGUACUUUUUGGCUCCUACUGGGCUAGUCCAGGCGCUGAUAUGGGAGGAAGAUUCCAGGAAGUGGAAACCGAUUUUUUCAUAUCCGACGAUUGGAUGUGAUUUUUAUGCCCCAUGUGGUCCAUUUGCUAGCUGUGAUCGUAGAAUGUCACCGACUAUCUGUAAGUGUUUGAAAGGAUUCAAGCCAAAAUUUCAGAAAGAUUGGGAUAUGGGGAAAUGGUCUGGAGGUUGUGUGAGGCGGGAGCCGUUGGAAUGUAAGAUGGGAGACGGCUUUAUGAAGCUGGAAAAUAUGAAACUGCCUGAUUUUUCGAUAUCCUUAGGAAACGUGAGUAUGAGAGAUUGUGAACUACAAUGCCACAACAACUGUUCUUGCACGGCUUAUGUUUACAGUAAUCUGACGGGCUCGGUUGUUUGGAGAUGCUUGAUUUGGACUGGGGAUUUGAUUGAUCUUGUGGAGGUUUCUGGAAUGACUUGGGAUAUCUACAUACGCCUUGCCGGCUCCGAAUUCGGUGGAAGCAAUCAGAUAAGCGACGUCUCUAGUAAGAGAAACCGUUUGCCUCGGAUUAUACUACCCAUAAUUGCUACUUCCAUGGUUGUUUUGGGAAUGUUUGGCUAUUUUUUAUGGAGGAGACUCAAGAAACAAGGGAAGAGAGAUGCAAAUACUGCAACACUUGAUCAAAGAGCUAAUUAUUUUGCAACCGAGUUUAGAAGUGAUGAUACACUUCUAAAUGGGGAGUAUAUUCCAGAUCAGUUACCACUAUUCACAUUCGGUAGCAUUGUAGACGCUACAGAAAACUUCUCUUUGGCGAAUAAGCUUGGGGAAGGUGGGUUUGGUCCUGUUUACAAGGGAAGGUUGCCAGGAGGUUUAGAAAUAGCAGUAAAAGCACUUUCCAAGAGUUCUGGGCAAGGCCUGGAGGAGUUCAGGAACGAAGUAGAACUUAUUGCAAACCUCCAACACAAGAAUCUCGUUAAACUGUUGGGUUGGUGCAUUCAUGCGGAAGAAAAGAUACUAAUCUAUGAAUACAUGCCCAACAAAAGCUUGGAUAAACUUCUGUUUGAUCCAACCCAAAAAUCACAACUAGAUUGGGGGAAACGCUUCUACAUUGUUGAAGGUAUUGCUCACGGGCUUCUUUAUCUUCACAAGUAUUCGAGGUUAAGAAUCAUUCAUCGAGAUCUAAAAGCCAGCAAUAUUCUACUGGAUGGUGAAAUGAACCCCAAAAUAUCAGACUUUGGUUUGGCUAGAAUUUUUGGAGGAAACCAGAUUGAAGCGAGUACUGAUAGAAUCAUGGGAACAUAUGGCUAUAUGCCCCCUGAGUAUGCAUUGGCGGGUCACUUCUCAGAGAAAUCCGACGUAUUUAGUUUCGGGGUGUUGCUGUUAGAAAUAGUUACUGGAAAGAGGAAUGCAGGUUUUUAUCCCACAGAUCGAUGGUCAAAUACUUUAGUAUAUGCAUGGAAACUAUGGAAAGAAGGUAAGACCAUGGAGCUGAUGGAUCCAUCGAUAAGCAGUUCACAUGUCACUCAUGAAGUCGAGAGAUGCAUCCAUGUGGGGCUUUUGUGUGUCCAUGACGACCCAGAUGAACGCCCAACAAUGUCUUCCGUUAUCUCUAUGUUGGGAAAUGGAACUGUGCUACCACCAACGCCCAAGAAGCCAGCCUUUUCAACAAGUAGGGGCUCCAUUGCUGUCGAUCCAUCUUCUAGUGAAUCCAGGAAUUAUUCUAUAAAUGAUUUGACGAUUAGCACGCUAGAGGCCAGGCCAUAUCAUCAUGAUGAAGAUGAACAGUCUUCUACCUUCUUUGUAAGGACCAAAGUACAUAGAUCCAAGGCUGGUAGUGACGAGAACAACAGUGUAUCUAGCAACGUUAAUCCAAAGUGCUCUGCCCAGGGUCAUUGCCGAAAUGAUCAGCACGACACGGGUGUUCUGCCCAGGGCUAUGACGGAUCAAAGUAUGAACCUUGAGGCCGCAUCGGAGACUCAAGUACCCGAUGUAGCUAGGCAAGGAGCAAUUAUUGACAAGAUCCUCCAGGCGAUGAAAGGAUUUGCCUCAUUUAUGGGAAUACAACCGCCUGGACCCCCUCAAGCUUAUCCGAGACCACCUCAACAAUCGCAACAACAUGUCAAGCCUCCCCAAUAUCAACAACUGAGGCCAGAAAGUCAGGUGCCCCGACCUCAAGCUCAAGGACGUGUUUACUCUCUGUCUUCAUUCCCAAAUGAUCCAGCCCAACUUCAGGAGUAUGAGGAUCCAAAUCGAAGCUAUGAUGAUCCAACACCACCUCAAGAUGAUAUUGCACAAAUGUAUGAGACUACUGCUUCUGCUUAUGAGGACCCAGCACAACCUGCAGAUAUCACUCCUCAACAUGGUGUUGAAGCUACUAAUGAUGUGGUGGAAGAUCGAUUUGUUAUUGUAUUCAUCGAUGAUAUUCUUAUAUACUCUAAGACUCAUGAGGAGCAUGAGGAACAUCUCAAGACUGCUCUACAAACAUUUAAGGAAAAUCAAUUGUAUGCCAAGUCAUCGAAAUGUGACUUCUGGAAGCAUGAAGUAAAAUUCUUGGGGCAUGUGGUGUCAGAGAAAGGGAUAUCUAUGGACGCAGCUAAAAUUGAAGCAAUAUUAGAAUGGCAGCAGCCCUCGAAUGUGUCAGAAGUGCGAAGUUCUCUCGGCCUUGCUGGUUACUAUCGAAGAUUUAUAGAAGGAUUUUCUAAUAUAUCAAGACCUCUAACUAAUCUAAUUAAGAAGAAUACGAACUUUAAGUGGGAUCAAGAUUGUGAGCAGGCAUUUACCGAACUGAAGAAGCGGUUGACAUCAGCCCCAGUUCUGGCAUUAUCGACGGAAGAAGAAAGAUUCGUCAUUUAUAUCGAUGCGUCAUAUCAGGGAUUAGGAUGUGUUCUUAUGCAAGGAGGGAAAGCUAUCUCAUUCGCUUCACGACAAUUAAAGACUCACGAACGAAAUUACCCGACGCAUGAUCUGGAGUUAGCAGCUGAAGCUUUGGGAACUACUCUCGAUUGCAGCACAACAUUUCACCCACAGACUGAUGGACAAAUAGAAAGGACGAACCAGAUUUUAGAAGAUAUGUUAUAUAGCUGCAUUCUCGACUUCAAGGAAAGGAAGCUCGCGCCACGUUUUAUCGGACCAUUUGACAUCCUACAAAGAGUAAGAGUGGUAGCAUACAAGCUGGCCCUACCGCCUCAGUUAUCCAAUAUCCACAAUGUAUUUCACAUCUCCAUGCUUCGAAAGUACAAGCCGGACGAUUCUCAUGUCAUUGAAUGGGAGCCGCUAGAGAUUCAAGAAAAUGUCACAUAUGAAGAGCAACCUGUGCUCAUUCUUGAUCGUAAGGAGAAAGUACUUCGGACGAAAAUUAUACCACUUAUGAAGGUACAGUGGAGUCAUCACAGCGAGGAAGAAGUAUCAUGGGAGCGAGAACAAGAAAUUCGAGAAAAGAACAUACAUCAAGGUGGGUACAUCCCCGAAUCCACUGAAGCACCCCUUAAUGCAAAUGUCAUAGGUGUGAAUUCUAGGCCGUUCAUCAUCUGUGUCCCAUCAUUAAUCUCUAACUGGAUCGUCUUGACAAUAGAGCCAGGCUACAUACUUUUAGUGUAUCAUGAGAUCAACGUCCUGGAUAAGGCGAGUAGAAUUUGGAUAGCCACUCUUGCGUGCAGCAAGCUUUUCAUCCCACAUUUCCCUCCAACAAAAGAAGAAGAACAACAAGAGAACAUCCAAAAAAGAAAAUCAAAGACAUCAAUGGAGUGUCCCUUCUCUAUUCCAUUGCUCAUCCUAUCAUCCUUCUAUCUUCUAACCUGCACCGGGGAAGAUAGGAUAACCCUAGGCCAAUCCAUCACAGCAAACCAAACCAUUACCUCUCAGCGUGGAAUUUUCUCACUAGGUUUCUUCAGUCCUCAAAAUUCCACAAACCGCUAUGUUGGGAUAUGGUAUCACAAUAUUCCUGUUCAAACUGUCGUAUGGGUUGCUAACAGAGAAAACCCAGUCACAGAUUCCUCAGGAGUUCUUACAAUUACCCAAGAUGGAAAUCUCGCUUUCUUGGGUACAACUGAAAACAUCCUUUGGUCAUCGAAUGUGUCGAUUCCAGCUCGAAGAAAUACUACUGCAAUACUCUUGGAUGAUGGUAAUCUUGUUUUAAGAGAUGACAGUCAGUCGGUCUUGUGGCAGAGCUUCGACUAUCCUUCCAAUUCCUUUCUCCCAGGUAUGAAACUAUCAGCAAACCUAAAAACUGGUGAAAGCACAUGCGUUUUUUCGUGGAAAGAUGCCAAUAACCCAACACCAGGAGAAUUUUCUGUAUGUAUGGACCCUCACACACCGCGCCAGCUGAUCAUGCUGAGAAGAUCGGACAAGUACUGGAGAAGUGAUGUUGGGCAGCUGGGAGCGGUUGUAACGAUGUUUGGGAAAAAUAUUGUAUUCUACCAAGCUACUGUAACUGACGACCAGGAGAUCUAUUUCACCAUUACAAUCACAGGCAGUAAGAUCAUGGCAAGGUACUUUUUGGCUCCUACUGGGCUAGUCCAGGCGCUGAUAUGGGAGGAAGAUUCCAGGAAGUGGAAACCGAUUAUUUCAUUUCCGACGAUUGGAUGUGAUUUUUAUGCCCCAUGUGGUCCAUUUGCUAGCUGUGAUCGUAGAAUGUCACUGACUAUCUGUAAGUGUUUGAAAGGAUUCAAGCCAAAAUUUCAGAAAGAUUGGGAUAUGGGGAAAUGGUCUGGAGGUUGUGUGAGGCAGGAGCCGUUGGAAUGUAAGAUGGGAGACGGAUUUAUGAAGCUGGAAAAUAUGAAACUGCCUGAUUUUUCGAUAUCCUUAGGAAACGUGAGUAUGAGAGAUUGUGAACUACAAUGCCACAACAACUGUUCUUGCACGGCUUAUGUUUACAGUAAUCCGACUGGCUCGGUUGUUUGGAGAUGCUUGAUUUGGAAUGGGGAUUUGAUUGAUCUUGUGGAGGGUUCUGGAAUGACUCCGGAUAUCUACAUACGCCUUGCCGGCUCCGAAUUCGGUGGAAGCAAUCAGAUAAGCGACGUCUCUAGUAAGAGAAACCGUUUGCUUCGGAUUAUACUACCCAUAAUUGCUACUUCCAUGGUUGUUUUGGGAAUGUUUGGCUAUUUUUUAUGGAGGAGACUCAAGAAACAAGGGAAGAGAGAUGCAAAUACUGCAACACUUGAUCAAAGAGCUAAUUAUUUUGCAACCGAGUUUAGAAGUGAUGAUACACUUCUAAAUGGGGAGUAUAUUCCAGAUCAGUUACCACUAUUCACAUUCGGUAGCAUUGUAGACGCUACAGAAAACUUCUCUUUGGCGAAUAAGCUUGGGGAAGGUGGGUUUGGUCCUGUUUACAAGGGAAGGUUGCCAGGAGGUUUAGAAAUAGCAGUAAAAGCACUUUCCAAGAGUUCUGGGCAAGGCCUGGAGGAGUUCAAGAACGAAGUAGAACUUAUUGCAAACCUCCAGCACAAGAAUCUCGUUAAACUGUUGGGUUGGUGCAUUCAUGCGGAAGAAAAGAUGCUAAUCUAUGAAUACAUGCCCAACAAAAGCUUGGAUAAACUUCUGUUUGAUCCAACCCAAAAAUCACAACUAGAUUGGGGGAAACGCUUCUGCAUUGUUGAAGGUAUUGCUCAAGGGCUUCUUUAUCUUCACAAGUAUUCGAGGUUAAGAAUCAUUCAUCGAGAUCUAAAAGCCAGCAAUAUUCUACUGGAUGGUGAAAUGAACCCCAAAAUAUCAGACUUUCGUUUGGCUAGAAUUUUUGGAGGAAACCAGAUUGAAGCGAGUACUGAUAGAAUCAUGGGAACAUAUGGCUAUAUGCCCCCCGAGUAUGCAUUGGCGGGUCACUUCUCAGAGAAAUCCGACGUAUUUAGUUUCGGGGUGUUGCUGUUAGAAAUAGUUACUGGAAAGAGGAAUGCAGGUUUUUAUCCCACAGAUCGAUGGUCAAAUACUUUAGUAUAUGCAUGGAAACUAUGGAAAGAAGGUAAGACCAUGGAGCUGAUGGAUCCAUCGAUAAGCAGUUCGCAUGUCACUCAUGAAGUCGAGAGAUGCAUCCAUGUGGGGCUUUUGUGUGUCCAAGAUGACCCAGGUGAACGCCCAACAAUGUAUUCCGUUAUCUCUAUGUUGGGAAAUGGAACUGUGCUACCACCAACGCCCAAGAAACCAGCCUUUUCAACAAGUAGGAGCUCCAUUGCUGUCGAUCCAUCUUCUAGUGAAUCCAGGAAUUAUUCUAUAAAUGAUUUGACGAUUAGCAUGGUAGAGGCCAGGCCAUAGUUAUCACUUUGGCAUGCUGAGAGGUAACAUAAUUUUAAAUUUUCGAAUCAUGCCAUGUAUUUUAAUCAAGCUUGUUUCUUGAAGGAAUGCAAUUAUGAACCUAUGUCAAACCAAGACCUGAAAUGUAUUCUCUUCCCAGAUCAAUAAAAGCCUUUCCAUAGGGCAUAUUUGGGUGUAUAUCCUUGCAAUAGAGUUAAUAAUCAAAGUACAAUAAAAUCUUAUCAAUCAAUAAAAAUUUAUGUUGAAGGAAUGCCUCUAGAGGACAGAAGAAUAGCAGACAAA